GAAGGCGGUGAGGGAGGCGGGGGCCUCAGAGUGGAAGGAGGGAGCAGAAGGGCGGGGCAAGAGGCCCAACUGAGGACAGACUCCAGCUCUGACUUCUUCAGUGACUCUCGAGACUUCCCGCAGACUCGAGUCCUCCCCAGCCCUCUUCCCCCGAGGACUGAGUGCUCCUACCCACUGCAGGGUUGCCUCUCCUGCUCUGAGCCCGACAGACAUCCGGCAGCCAUGUCACUCCUCCUGUUGGUGGUCUCUGCCCUCCACAUCCUCAUUCUUGUCUUGCUUUUCGUGGCUACUUUGGACAAGUCCUGGUGGACUCUCCCAGAGAAGGAGUCCCUGAACCUGUGGUAUGACUGCACGUGGAACAGCACCACUCAAACGUGGGCCUGCAGUAACGUCAGUGAGAACGGCUGGCUGAAGGCAGUGCAGGCGCUCAUGGUGCUGUCUCUCAUCCUCUGCUGCCUGUCCUUCAUCCUCUUCAUGUUCCAACUCUACACCAUGCGAAGAGGAGGGCUCUUCUACGCCACCGGCCUCUGCCAGCUUUGCACGAGUGCAGCCGUGUUCUCCGGGGCACUGAUCUAUGCCAUCCACGCUGAGGAGAUCCUGGCGAAGCACCCGCGUGGGGGCAGCUUUGGUUACUGCUUCGCUCUGGCCUGGGUGGCUUUUCCACUCGCUCUGGUCAGCGGCAUUGUCUACAUCCACCUGCGGAAACGUGAAUGAGCGCGGUGUCCCCUGGAAAAUAAAUCCGUUCAGCCACGA